AUGGCAGCAGCAGCAGAAAGACAAAUAACAAGGGGUGCCUUGGCAGCCAUCUUCAGCGACCCGGAAAGUGCCAGGACCCAGUUCCCCGUCCCCGUCCUCCAGUGCCUCCAGAUCAAGCCACUCGGGCCUCCGCCAAACGGAGCCGCCGGUGCCGCUGGCAGCGAGCGGUACCGUGUUGUGCUGAGCGAUGUCGACAACUUUGUGCAGACCAUGUUGGCCACACAGGGCAACCAUGUCGUCCAUGACGGCAAGCUGGUCCGGGGUAGCAUCGUGCGCAUAAAGGCGUACCAGGCCAAUGCCGUCAAGGGAAAGAACAUUCUCAUCAUCCUGGAUCUCGACGUCAUCGAAUCUCUCGGUGCUCACGACAAGAUUGGUGAACCCACACCGGUCGACAGCUCCAUCCAGCCCGUGGCAGCCGCGACCAGCACGAACAUCGGCGGGACGAACUUUUACGGCGUCAAGAAGGAGGAGCCAGACACAAAGCAGGGGAUCCGUGGCAGCAUCGGGGCCGCUGGCAACAACGGCAACAGCACCGGAAAGCCAAGCGGCACCAGCUACGGCGGCAGCAACGCGGCGCACCCCAACAUCUACCCGAUCGAGGGUCUGUCGCCAUACUCGCACAAGUGGACGAUCAAGGCACGGGUGACGAGCAAGUCGGAGAUCCGUACGUGGCACAAGAGCAGCGGCGAGGGCAAGCUGUUCAGCGUCAACCUGCUGGACGAGAGCGGCGAGAUCAAGGCGACCGGCUUCAACGAACAGUGCGACCAGUAUUACGACCUGCUGCAGGAGGGCAGCGUGUACUACAUCUCAAGCCCGUGCCGGGUCAACAUUGCCAAGAAGCAGUUCUCGAACCUGCCGAACGACUACGAGCUCUCGUUUGAGCGCGACACGCAGAUCGAAAAGGCCGAGGACCAGAGCAGCGUGCCGCAGGUGCGCUACGCCUUCUGCACGCUGCAGGCGCUGCAGUCGGUCGAGAAGGACGCGGUGAUCGACGUGAUCGGCGUGCUGCGCGACGUCGGCGAAGUGUCGUCGAUCACGUCCAAGAGCUCGGGCAAGCCUUACGAGAAGCGCGAGCUGACGCUGGUCGACGACAGCAGCUUCUCCGUCCGCACGACCAUCUGGGGCAAGACAGCUGUGGCCUUUGACGCCAAGCCCGAGUCGGUCAUCGCCUUCAAGGGCGUGCGCGUGUCCGACUUUGGUGGCCGCUCGCUCUCGCUGCUGCAAUCGGGCGUCAUGUCUAUCGACCCAGACAUCACCGAGGCCCACCACCUCAAGGGUUGGUACGAUGCGGCCGGUCGGAGCGAGAACUUUUCCUCGCACAACAGCAUGGGCGGCAUGGGAGGCGGUGCUGGCAGCGGCCGGCCCGAGCAGGUCAAGACCAUUGCCCAGGUGCGCGACGAGAACAUUGGCAUGGACGAGACCGCCUACUUCACUCUCAAGGCCACCAUCGUCUUCAUCAAGCAGGAGACGUUUGCCUAUCCGGCCUGCAGCUCCGACGGCUGCAGCAAAAAGGUCGUCAGCAGCAGCGACGGCACCUGGCGCUGCGAGAAAUGCGACAUGAACCAUCCCCAGGCUCUGUAUCGCUACACCAUGAUGCUCAACGUCAACGACCAUACCGGCCAGCUCUGGCUGACCUGCUUCGACGACGUCGGCCGCAUGAUUAUGGGCGGUCGCAGCGCUGACGAGCUAACCGAGCUGCGCGAGGAAGACGACAUCGCUUUCGGCGCCGAGUUUGAAAAGGCAAACUGUCGCAAGUACUCCUUCCGCGUCCGCGCAAAGAUGGAUACCUUUGGCGAUGCUCAGCGAAUCCGCUACCAAAUUGUCAAUGCCCAUCCGCUCGACUUUAAGAGCGAGGGCCACAAGCUGGCCGAGCUCAUCCAUCAAUUCUCUCUCUGA